AUGGAAAUAUCAAAUGGUGGAAUACAAGGUGAUGUUCCAACUUGGUUUAGGAACUUAUCUUCUCAGAUGGAGUUUCUCGAUCUUUCUCACCACCAAUUUGUUGGACAACUACCACCAUGGUUAGGAAUGAGGCUUUCAAAUUUGAUAAUCCUUAGCCUUAGAUCAAACAAAUUCUAUGGUGAAUUGCCUCCAGAAAUUUGUUACCUCAAAGAUCUUCAGAUCUUAGACCUUGCAAACAAUAGUUUCUUUGGAACCAUACCAAGGUGUAUUAGCAAUUUAACAGCAAUGGUCACCAGAAGUAAGUUGAGGGACGCUCAUCUUGAGUAUUCUUCUUUUGGUUAUACAGAAAUUACGAGAGAAAGCGCAAUGGUGGCAACUAAAGGCAACAUUUACCAGUAUGAUAAAACAUUGGCAUUAGUUACAAGCAUGGAUAUGUCUAACAAUAAUCUCUUCGGAGAUAUUCGCGUAAGUUUUACCGGUCUUGUAGCAUUGAGAAUCUGUAAUUUCUCAAAAACCCAUCUGACAGGUAGGAUCCCAAAUGGCAUUGGCGACAUGAAAGUGUUCGAAUCCCUUUAUCUUUCAGAAAAUCAACUUUCUGGUCAAAUCCCGCAAAGCUUAUCAAGGAAGAUACCUGUGGGCACUCAACUUCAAAGCUUUAAUUCCUCGAGUUUCCAGGGAAAUGAGCUUUGCGGGCUUCCACUCUUGGUGAACUGCAGUUCAGGUGGUCAAAUUCCUGAUGUUGAUACUGAAAAGGAUGAGCGUGACGAAGAUGAACUGGAUUGGUUCUACAUUUCAAUGUCAAUAGGAUUUGGUCUUAGCUUUUGGGGAGUAUGUUCUUGUUUGCUUUUCAAGAGAUCAUGGAGACAUUCUACACACUGCUCGACGAGACUUUUGACAGAGGAAAUGAAUUAA